GACAGGCUAACGGCCUGCACAUCAAUCGCUGUGGAGUGAUUCCCUCGUCCUGCGGUCGCUAGCCAAACCGACCAUCUACCCUUCAGCCUGACUGCGCCCCUUCCCUCAGCCGGCCGUACUAUAUCUCUUCCCUCGCGGCGCCUUCAGCCAAAACUUGGUCCCAUCGCUAUCGGCUCCAAUCUCAGAGAGCCUCUGGCCCCGCUCCCCAGAUGAAGGCGACCCAGGACACGGGCACGCGUAAGCGGAAGGCCCCUUCAGGUCUCGACGACACGGCGCACCUACCACGACAAUCCGCCAAGCUGCACCGACUUCCACCAUCUUCUGGGCAGGUCUUAACAUGUCGCCCUACCGAGAUUGGUGAAUUAGACACUACGAGCCCGGAGCAAAAGGACCACGACCAAAGCUCAGCCAAAACUGUACCCCUAGCCGAUAUGGAUAAGGUUGACCAUCUUUUCGAACCUCGCUUUCCGGAUUGCGGGAUACCAAGCCCGAACGAUCCACACUCGCAGCAGAACAAGACGCAAGUAGAGGCACCAACUGAACCGGAGGAGGCUCAGGAUGAAGCUAUUAGGAAAGAGGAGGAAGGCGAAAUCAGAGAAGUCCACGCAUUAUUGAACCACAAGUUGCUGGGCAAUAAGAGCGUGGAUCUUCUGGUGCACUGGGAGGGCGAAUCCGUAGAGGUUGCAACCUGGGUGCCUGAGGCAGAGAUUCAGCCAGGCGCCAGCGAGCUCCUCUUCGACUACUGGGAAAAGGUCGGAGGCCGGGAUCAAGUCCUGUUCAAGAACGAGGAAGCAGAGUACCACAUUUUCAAGAUCCUCAAACACACGGGGAAGGCCCGCGGCGGCUUCAAGCUGGAGUGCCAGUGGGUCGGCUACCCCGCCUCCAAGGGCCACACGAGCUGGGAGACCGAAGCCAAGCUGAGGGACAUUGCGCCCGAGCUGUUGGAAUCGUAUUGGAAGAGGAAUUUGGUGGUGCUUAAGAAAAAUAAGGCUCGUGAGAAUCGCUCAGAUGCCAGAGAGUAGUUGCCAAAGAUUAUGUUUGAGCUGCU